GUUAACAAUGUUGAAUAAGAAAAGCCAGUACGGUGUUCCAAACCGUUGACUGAACAGCGCUGCUUUAAGCACAACACCGGUUGCUAUUGGAUACGGCGUAAAGUAUUUUACUUAGCUUUGGGAACUGUAUUUUGCUUCUCGAUUACCGAACAACCUUUUGGUCUUUCGUUCGCCCUUCAAUUUUAUGUUCAGCGAAAGGUGCAUUUUAUUGACAUUCUUAUUCUGCAGUCUAUUAUUCAAUCGAAAUGGAUAUAAAGUUUUAUUAUUGUGGACAAAUCGAAUUUUGUUAAGUAGUCUGCGUGAAACUAUUUUUAAAAAGCAUGCAUGCUAAAAUAUAAAUGAUGUGAAAUCGUAAAGCAUUUGAGAAUAUAAAAAUAGUAUGACAAUGAAGACAUUCAAAAGUACAGAUACUACUCGAGAGCAUGGAAGAAAUGAUUUAAUCAAAAGUAUUCCAGUAACAAUGAAAUUAAUAAACUGUUUUCCCCCUUGCUUAACAUAAAAGACUGUGCAAUGGCUGAAAAUCGUAUGGAAUUAUUCAUUGAAACUCUAACUGGGACUGCAUUUGAACUCAGUUGUUCUCCACUAGAAACAAUUGUAUCAAUUAAAGCUAAAAUUCAGUAUUCAGAAGGUAUUCCUGUUUCUCAGCAGCAUUUAAUAUGGAAAUCGCAAGAACUUAAUGAUGAUCUUUGCUUACAAGACUAUCGCAUUACUGAUGGUGCUACCCUGAAACUUGUUCUAGGUAUGAGAGGUGGGCCGAUAAAUACCAGGCAAGUUUCAGAUACUAAAAAAUUGAAAGAUCUGGCAGAUUAUGUUGAAAGGCGAAGUGAAACAAGUGGAUCUAAUGGAAGACCUUUUACUGUGUUGGUAUUUCAUGAUGGUGAUAAAGUUCAUAUGUAUACCUUAGUUGAACAAGGUGAAUGUUCUGUUUCACCUCUUUCUGGAACAAUCAGUGAAACGUCUUCGGUAGCAUCCAUAAAACAGGUAGAAGAACUUGAUGAAGAAAUAAUUAGAGAAAAUGAAAUUACCAAGGAAAAAAUUGCUCUACUUCAGGAACAGAUAAAAGCUCUGAAUAUAAAUAGAUCGAGAAAAGUUUUGUCCACCUCUCAUGUAGAAGAACAGUCUUUGCAAAUAAAACAAUUAAAUAAAGAUGUAGAUAAAGAAUUUCAUCUGCCUCCAUUACAACAAAUUGAUUCAUAUGGUCCUCAGGGGAACUAUUCAUCAAGCUAUGCUCAAAAUAAAGCCAAAACAGCUGAAAAGCCAUAUCUAUCAUGCCUUACAUCUGAUGUAAGGCAGUCAAUCCUUGCAGGCAAUAACCCCUGAUAAUGCAGAAGAUAUAAACUUUACGUAUGAGAAAAACAAAAAUAAACUUGAAAAAGAUUUCAUUGUGAAAAGUAAAAAUUCAAGACCAUCAUCACCCCUUGAUUGUGUGUUAAAUAGUGUUUCGGCACAUAUGCUGACAUUGCCUCAG